CAACGUUACAACAACAACAAUUUAUUUCGACUGGACAAGGGCUUCUAUUCAUUCAUGUUUCAAACAGACUGAUUGAGAAAUGGCGUUUUUCAGUCAAGCAUUGACAGAAAUUAUGUCAUAUGAUCCGUCUUUCAAAGUGGAAACACGGCUGCACGAACCUCUAUGGAAAAACUAUCGCUCUUUUGAAGAAAUUGCUGUCGAGAUCCUAUCACUUGCAGCACAACUUGAAGGCAUGUGUAAAGAACGUUAUACGAAAUCCAGUGGUGGCAUUGCAUCAGACUACAGGAAAGAGUACCUAAACAAGUUUGAGCCUUUAGCUAGUGUUUUUGUUGGCAAGAUGGAAGAGUAUCUGCAAUUUAUGCCAAACCCUAGGCCAACUCUAAAGGAAUAUUUUAAACAGAGCGGAUUGGUUACGCUAUUCCCAAAAACAGCUUCAUACAUAAUUAAUCCUCAAAGGCCAAUGUUUAAAAACCAGAAAUCAACAAUGGAUGGAUAUUUUGCACACCUCUCAAUCAUGAACCAACUUUUGAGGCUUGCUACCCAAAUUAAUUGUGAUGUGAAUAAUUUAGGGAACCAUAAAUACAUUGCGCAUCAAAUUGCUUUGUUGUAUCAAGCUGUCAACCAAGCAGGUCCAAGCCUAGCAGCCAUCAAGAAACAAGUUGAAGAUAAUUUCCAGAAUAUUAAAGAGUGCCUAUCAUCUCAGAAUAAGGAUGGCAUUUUAAAGUUGCCAUUGGUUCAAAAAGAAUGGGUAAAUUUUGUGACCGGGGAUAUUUACAACGCUGUGACAUCAUUAGAAUCGCAAAUCGCCCAGCCGCUACAGCCAUCAAUUCAAUUCUUACGACAAAAUGGACAAGCAUGCCACUGACAGGAAAAAUAACACUUUUUUAAAUAUGAAUUUUCGAUGUGUAUUUCUCUCAAGUUUCAUAUAUUAUUUUAAAGGAAUGUAUCCUAAAUUUUGACAAUGCACAUUCUUAUUUUCAAUACUUUUACUAAUAUAUUUCACCAUUUGCAUCAUAACAGUUAAUUACCCAUCCUUACCGUUUACAACCCGUCUUCGUGCUCUCUUUGGCAGGUGCUCUAGAACAACGCAUUUGACCAAAAUACCUUUUUCAAAAACAGGCCUCGGUGAUAAGAGGGUCGUCACAAAUUCUGUAUCUGUCUUUAACUGUAGAAAACUAAAUUAACAUCAGAAGGUUUAUAAAAUUUGGCUAGACAUGGGAACAGUUUAUGUCAGAAAAACGCUGAACCGUUUCUUGUCUAAUUGUUAAAGCCUUCCCGCCUUUUUCUUUUAACUUCAUUUAUGUUUUAAGGAAGUUAUUUAUGAAAAAAGCCGAUACAAUAUUUCUCAAGAGUUUCAGAUGUUUGUAGUGCAAUUCGUAUUCAUCAGUGAUUGGCUUUAGAUGCACCUCCCCGCGUAUAGAUUUUUUAUUUGCAAUAAGCCAAUAAUGUUUCUAGAGAGAAAGACGUUAUUCUAUAUAUUCAGUGAACCUAUGUAAAAAAAUACGCUCUGAAAGAUUGCUUUAAUUGCAUUUUCACGAGAACGUGAAUAAAUGUGUGAAAAAGUGUUGAUUUAGGGCAAACUUGAAAAAAUAUUUGCUUGCUUUCACAUCCCCCCUUAAAGGCUAAAAAUCUUAUCAAGUUAGUAAAAAGUAAAAAGUUAUUGUUUGGUAUAACAUAUUUUUGGUAUGCUCUGAGUGCUAAAAUUGACCUGUUUCCGCCACUGUGCCUUCUCCGUUAUUUUAGUCCAUCUCCCGUCGAAAGUAACAACUGCGGUAGAAAGGUUUUGGUUUACAACUUUGCUUUAUUACGAAGAUAUUUUUUUAGGAGCAGUGUCCUUGUGGUCUCAUGCCUCCUGACUCCAGUUGCACCCCUCCUAUCCAAUGCGAGGGUGGCUAAGUGGUUAGGGUUGCGAAAUACAGUUCCAGGGGUCUGGGGCUCGUGCUCCUGACAUGACCAAACUUUCACCCGGAUUGAAGGGAGUGGCCAGAUCUCUGCAAUUCCAGGUGUAGGAAUCACGAGGUGUGGUCACAUGGAGAGGAAAUAUCAGUACACUGCUCGACAUAAGCUUCUAACUGUCCUAAAAACUACUUCCAGAUUCUGGGUAGGACCAUCCCACCUUCGUUGAUAUCAUGGUCUAGAUGUUGGUUACGCUGCAUGUAAAAAAUACAUUUUCCAGUGGGUAACGCACCCAGACAGAUACUUCCCCCAUCCCUUUCUCCCGAGCUAGUGUCUUCUAAUUAUUCGGUGAGCGUAUUGUAAUGUCUUCCUGUUUAGGCCCAAUUAGCAGUUUGUCUUUAAAAAUUUAUUAGCACGUGUCCACUGCUUUGUUUCAUUUAGUCAGUGAUUAAUCUGGAUUUAGAUUUUGUGAUCUCCAUUUCAUUGCAUACACAUACACACAUACACACACACCCUGAGGAAACAUUGUGAGAUUUUCAAAAACGGCUUAUGAGAAUAGGCUCAAAUUUUUACAGCUUUUCAAAAUACUCUCCAUUAGCAUCUACGCAAAGUUUCAUUCUAUUAAACCAAAUAGAAAAACAAUUUGUCCAUUUGUCACCAGGAAGGUCCGAAAUCGCCUCUUUAAACGCGUCUACGGCUUCAUCCGGACUAUCAAAUUUCGUUCCACGCAGUUUUUCUUUGAUGGUAGGGAAAAGGAAAAAGUCACAAGGUGCCAAGUCGGGUGAAUAUGGUGGGUGGGUGACUAACUGAAUGGAAUUUUCGUGCAGAAAGUCAACUGUCAAUGCUGCAGUGUGAGCUGAUGCGUUGUCAUGGUGCCAUAGGAUCCCGCGCAAACCAGUUUUCGGACGUUUUUCUCGCCAUGCAUCUAGCACUUUCGGUAUGCACUGGUUUACAUACCAAUCCGCGUUAACUGUGCGGCGAUCAUCAAGAGGAAUCGUUGCCACGUGGCCCGUUUUUCCAAAAAAAGAAGCGACCAUCUUUUUGCCGACGCUUCUGGAGCGCUUGAAUUUUUGUGGUGGGUGCUCCCCCGGAAAGAUCCAGACUGACGACUGGCGUUUCGUUUCUGGGUCAAAUUGGUAAAUCCAACUUUCAUCACCUGUGACGAUGUCAUACACACGUUUGGACCUUCCACUAUCAAACUUUUCAAGCAUAAAUUGGCACCAGUUUACCCGAUGCUCUUUCUGUGCCUCUGUUAAGCAAUGGGGUACCCAGCGAGCUGCAACCUUUCUUACUUCAAGAUGAUCAUGCAAAAUUUUAUUUAAUGCUGUCGAUCCAAUGCCAACUUUUUCCUGCAUCACUUCAUAGGUCAAUCGGCCAUCUUCUUUGAGUAGCUUUUCUACAGCAGCUAUAGUUUCUGGGACCAUAGCCGUUGGUGGUCUUCCCGGGUGGGGGUCGUCUUUCAGACUCUCCCUCCCUUGUUUAAAUUCUGCAAACCAUCGAAAAACAGUUGCCCUUGAUGGUGCACGAUCUUCAAAAGUUGCAACUAGUUGUUGUAGACACUCCUCUUGUUUUAAUCCCUUUUUAAAAUCGUAAUAUAUCAUUGCGCGAAAAUCGCGUCUUUCAAGCUCCAUUUCGAAAAUAAAAUUUACAGCGAGAGUCCCCUCUUUUAAAAGUUUGUUAAAAAGAUAUCUUUGAGUGGAAAUGGACAAGAAUUUGCAAACAACGCUUAUAAAUGUGUAAGUUUAAGGAAACCUGUUUUAUAACGUUGGAUUUGGCGCGAAUUUUGAAAAUCUCAAUAAUUUCGGAGUGACCCUCGUAAACUGCGUUUAGCUUUCUUUAGAAAAAACUUGGCUGGAGCCCUGUCAUUGUUGUGUUUUGAGAAAGUAUUUAUGUAGAAGUUAAUUAAAGAGAUGUUUUCAUGAAUCAGAGGCGUUAUUUAUAUGCGUGAUAGUUGAA